AACUUCCGGUUUUACUCGGCAGUUUGCAAUGAAGAAUAUACCGAGAUGAAAGUCAAUACAACAACACUACAGCCAUGUAUAUUGGUGAUACUAUACAUGACUCUGUCAAUGGUGGCAGGGAACCGCUGCUCUAAAAGUCUGUCUCGUAUCGUCAGGCAGCAAGUGAAAGAGAGGUUAUUACCACAUUAUGAGGAAUUCAAGAUGAAGAUGCCAGACAGCUGUCCACUGAGUCCGAACCGAGAUGUGUACAUGAUGCAGGAGGAGAAGGUGUUUAUAGAGUCCUCGUCCAGGUACAAGUGUAACGUGUGCGGAAAAGCCUUCAUCUCACAAUUCUACAUCGACAUGCACUUCGACAACCGCCAUCCAGAUUAUAUCGCAGAGGGGGAGAAUACCAUUUGUUAUGCCGACUACUGUGAUAUUACAAGGUGUGACAUCGUGUCGGGACAAAAAACUCCCGACUUCUGGGACAUCUCGCUGUGUCUGGAGGACGACAUGACAGAGCUCAAGGAACGUUGUGAGGGGAUCUUGGACCAAUGUAUGCCCGAUGGUCUGACUAGGAAGGAGAAGGAGGAGUUAUACAGAUAUCUGCAUGGUUCUGUCUGCCACUUCCUGACUUGCAAACUUUACUAUGAUGGACCUAAAAAACAGAGCGCCGACACUGUGAUGGUGUACUCCAUACUGACAACCUUCAUGAUGAUUUUCUUCAUCAUAUACUACUGUAUAGGCUACCACUACUUCUAUACUGACACUUUCUCUGACAUAUAUGAUGAUGACGAUACCAGACCUUUUCCAGUAAAAUCGAUAAGAAAUAGUGAAUUACGCCAGAGAUUAAUGGAUGAAAAAGUCCGAAAGGAGUGGAAAGAGAGGAAUGAUAGAAAAAUAAAUGAAAAAUUUCACAAAAUGUUUGCUGAAAAAGCUGAAAGUAGCCGAGAGUAAAAACUAUAGAAUUUCUGUCAUUAAUUUCAUUAUAAAUAUGCAUUUGUUCAUUUCCAUUCGAAAAACAAUAAUGUAUGUUGUGCGAGUCAAUUCUUUGCCUAUCAGAAACCAGUUCUCAAGUGAAGCAAGUGUAUAAAUGAUUACUUCCAUACGUUAUCACCUAGCUGUAGUGCUGUAUAAAUGAUUACUUCCAUUCGUUAUCACCUAACUGUAGUGCUGUAUAAAUGAUGACUUCCAUACGUUAUCACCUAACUGUAGUGCUGUAUAAAUGAUUACUUCCAUACGUUAUCACCUAACUGUAGUGCUGUAUAAAUGAUGACUUCCAUACGUUAUCACCUAACUGUAGUCUUAUUCAGUUCAACUCAAAUUGUCUUGUUUUUCGUUAAUAUUAAAAAAUCAACUUUAUUAAUGAUGUACAGUAUGUGAAGGAUGGAAAUAUGCAUUAUCUGGACUCCAACAUCAUUGCCAGGAAGGAUGUCAUUACAAUAUUAACAGUAUUUAUCUAUGGACUUAUUUUUUGAAGGUUUUAAUAUUUGAAAGAAUCUCCUAGCAAAUUUACAUUAAUAUUAAUCUUUUGCAAAGAUAUACACGAAAGUUUAGAAACAUGUUACUUAAUAUAAAAUACAUGAUGUAUCUCAAUUCAGCUCUGUGUUUAGAGCAUCACCUCUAUAUAGCUGUGAUGAUGAAACAGGGUAUUUAGUCUUGUCUUACAGUUCUAGCUGGCAUUGGUAGGCAGACUUAUAGGUAUGUACGCACUUAUCAGGACAUGUUGUAGCAAGCUAGGGAAUGACAUUUCAGGACAUGGAGCAAGCUAGGGAAUGACAUUUCAGGACAUGUUGGAGCAAGCUAGGGAAUGACAUUUCAGGACAUGGAGCAAGCUAGGGAAUGACAUUUCAGGACAUGUAGCACGCUAGGGAAUGACAUUUCAGGACAUGUAGCACGCUAGGGAAUGACAUUUCAGGACAUGUAGCACGCUAGGGAAUGACAUUUCAGGACAUGUAGCACGCUAGGGAAUGACAUUUCAGGACAUGUAGCAAUCUAGGGAUUGACAUUUCAGGACAUGUAGCAAGCUAGGGAAUGGCAUUUCAGGACA